AUGAAGGAGUUCAAGUCCCAGACCAUCGACACUCCCGGCGUCAUUGAUCGCGUCUCUACCCUCUUCCGUGGCCACCCCACCCUCAUCCAAGGCUUCAACACCUUCCUCCCUCCCGGCUAUCGUAUCGACUGCCCAGCCAACGGCGAAGCCGGCGUUAUUACCGUGACCACGCCGACCGGGACGGUCAGCCACAUGCCCGGUGGCUUCGCAGCAGCGUUACAGGAAGAACGGCGGAACCAGGCCAACCAAGCCAAGCGGGACGACAGCCCGGCUACCAAGCCUGCUGCUGCCGCACAGACCUCGGCCGCUCAGGCGGGCACUAGCAGCCAGCUUGCGAGCGGUCCCCCGCCAUUCAGAAGCACGCCUGCAGUUGGCGCUACCGGUACUGCACGCCCUGCCAACGGAGCGACAAGCACGACCACACCAAUCUCGGUCCCGCUCCCUCCUCAUCCUGCCCAGCCGAAAGCUCCCUCCGGCCCGUCCACCCCUUCGGCCGCCACUCUCCUCGCUGCGGGCUUGAACCAGCCUGCUCCGGCCGGCGCUCCCCGACCGGCCAUCCUCGAGUUCAAUCACGCCAUCACCUUCGUCAAUAAGAUCAAGGUCCGGUAUAGUAACGAUCCAGAGACGUACAAGCAGUUCCUCGAGGUCUUGCAGACCUACCAGCGAGACAACCGGGACAUCAACGAGGUCUACGCGCAGGUUUCCAAGCUGUUUGCGGGUGCUCCGGACCUCAUCAGCGAGUUCAAGCAGUUCUUGCCUGAGAUCAGCGGCGGUAAUAACGACAAUAUCGGGUCGAUGGUGCAGGCUGCUGCCAACGAUCCGGCGACGGCGACGGUAGGGCAGAAGCGGUCUGCUACGAAGGACGCGGCGGCUCCGCCUGCUGGUAAGAAGAGAAGGGCGCCCGAGGCGAAGACCGGCAGCAAGUCCAAGAAAGGCGCUAAGGCCGACUCGCCUUCUGCGGACGAUGCGGACCUCCCGCCCCUCACACCCGGUGCGGCCGUCCCACAGACCCUCGCCUCGCCAGAGGAGAUUGCCUUCUUUGACAAGGUCAAGAAGCACGUCGACGACAAGGUCUCGUACCACGAGUUUUUGAAGCUCAUCAAUCUCUUUACGCAGGACAUGAUUGACACGCGUACCCUCGUCGAACGCGCCGAGAGCUUUAUCGGCGGUGCGGGCGACGUGUGGAUCACGUUCAAAAAGAUGGUGCAGGUGGAUGAGGCGGGUAAUCCGCCGCCGAACCCGCACAGCGCGCAGGGUGGGCACGGAUUUGGGGGGAUGGUGAACAUCGAUGGUCAGACGGUGGAUAUGGUGCCUAUGCUGGAGAGGGUCAAGCCGGAUUUGAAUGGGCCGAGGGUCAAGACGUACGGUCCCAGCUAUAGGAAGCUUCCGAAGACGGAGAUCAAUAUGACGUGCACCGGCCGAGACGCCAUGUGCUGGGAAGUCCUCAACGACGAGUGGGUCUCUCACCCCACUUGGGCGGCUGAGGACUCGGCACCUUUCCUCGCCCACAAAAAGAACACCUUCGAGGACGCACUUCACAAAUCGGAAGAGGAGCGCCACGAGUACGAUUACCACAUCGAGGCCAAUCUCCGCACCAUCGCCGUGCUCGAGCCGCUCAACAACAAGCUCCAGACCAUGGACCCGGAGGAACGGCUCCGGUUCAACCUCCGAUCCGGUAUCGGGCUUCAGAGCAAGAGCAUCUACCAGCGUAUCCUGAAGAAGGUAUACGGCAAGGAGCUCGGGCACGAUAUCGUCCGUGCGAUCCACGAGAAUCCGGCGGUGGCGCUUCCGAUCGUCCUUGAUCGGCUCAAGGCCAAGGACGAGGAGUGGAAGAAGGCGCAGCGCGAGUGGAAUCGCGUAUGGAGGGAGCAGGACGCCAAGAACUUUUACAAGGCGCUGGACCACCAGGGGGUGCAGUUUAAGCAGAACGACAAGAAGACGAUCGCGUCCAAGUAUCUGCUGAACGAGCUGGAGAUGCGGCGGAGGGCGCAGACGGCGGUGCGUCAGGCCCAGCUCAACACUGCGGCAUACCGCAGCCGACCCCAAUUCGAGCUGGAGUUCAAGGAUGUCGACGUUCUCAAGGACGUCAUCAAACUCGUCAUCUCGUAUCUCGACCGGGUCAACAACCAACUCUCCACGGCCGACAAGGAAAAGAUUGAGCGGCAGCUCCGGGACUUUGUCCCUUUGCUCUGGAUGUUUGACAAGGACGAGUUUGAUGCCGAGUUUGGAGCGGCGGAGCACAAUGAGGAUGAUAGUGAGAGUAGCGAGGAGGAUGGGGAUGGGGAUGUCAGUAUGGCGGAUGAUGACGACAUGUCGUCGGCGCAAGGAGCGGCGAAGCGGAAGAAGGCGGGCGCGGGGGAUUUGCGCAAGAAGCUCUUGAAGCAGGUGGGGGAGAAGGGGAGGGAGAGGGGAACGACCCACACCCCUGGGCCGGAUGAUGAGCGGCGGUCUGUAGAGGGUACGCCGGCGAUGGAUGGGGCGGAGCGAGCUGAGACGCCUCUCCCGAUCCCGGAUGAUCCCGAGGCGGUCGCGCAGGCCGUCGAGGCGGACAAGGCGGGCGCUGAGGCGAGCGAGCAGACAUGGGUGGACGUCCGGGCGCAAGGAGACGUCGACGAGGUGGAGAUGGAGGAUGCGGAUGCGGAGGGCGAGGUGGAUCCCCGCAAAACGAUGCGGACUGGCAAUUUCUACGCCAAUGCCAACUUUUACGUUCUUGUCCGGCUCAUCGAGCUUCUCUAUACCCGCCUGCUCACGUGCAAAAACAUCGCGGCGGACCUCGCUCGCGUCCAAAAGAAACCCAUCAACCCCAUUGCCAUCCGCCUUGGCUUCGCCGAGCCUGAAACUGCCAACGGCGGUGUCGAGGCGGGCGACAAUCCCGCCCAGCACUACUAUGCCCAUCUCCUGAGUCUGGCCGAGAAGCUCUUUGAGAAUGAGGUCGACGCGGCGACGUUUGAGGAGACGCUGAGGGUCAUGUUUGGUACCAAGGCGUAUAUCAUGUUUACGCUCGACCGGGUCGUCGCUGCUAUAGUCAAGCAGACCCAGACUAUCAUUGGGGAUAUGAAGUCACAGGAGCUGUGGGCGAUGCUCCAGCGGGACCGCGAGACGACCUUGCCCAGCAGCAGGAAACAGCUGGCUUAUAGGCAUUCGGCGGAGGAUAUCUGCGGUGGUGGUGCGGACGACGAGUUCUUCCGGAUCCAAACGAUUCCUCACCGCGAUCUAUUGACCAUCAAGGUGAUGACCAAGUUUGACCCGACGAAUGAGGAUGAAGAGACUGAGGCGGCGCGAUGGCGCGGAUAUGUCGAUUCUUAUGUCUUGACGCACGGUACCGAGGGCUUGCCUCAGCGGAUCGAUCAGCCUCUUUUGAAGCGAAAUCUCUCCCAGGCGGAUCAAGAUCCUAGCGGGUUCCAGCGGAAAGAUGGUCUCGCGUGCCGCAUCGCACUGGGCACAUAUCGGAUGUUCGCUGUCGAAGGCACGGAAGACUACUUCCACCAUCAACGUCCAGCGGCGCCUGCGACUGAGACCCAGGCAGCAUCAGUAGCGGCCAAGGAGAGGCUGGAGGCUUUCGUCAGGAGGCGGAUGGAGGAGGAUGAGCCUGCGCCAGCGGCUACUGAGGUGGCUCCGGCGCCAGCAGCGGCAGUAGCGGCAGCAGCAACGGCGGCCCCGGCAGCGGCUGUACCGGCGGUAUGA